GCAAAACAUCAAAAACUCCACCUUUUUAAUCCACCAUUCCCCCACUUUUCUUAUUCUCUCUCCUUUCUUCUUUGCUCUGUUUUUUUUUUUUUCCAUUUCUCUCUGUACAUUGUUUUCUCCUUUUCUCUUUUAGAGAGAGAGAAAAAAAAAUGGUGAAUGAGUUUAUGGUAUGUGUUGAUAGGAUCAUAAUAGCAACAACAUGUUUUGGAGAUUCAUCAGUUACUAAUGGUGUUGGUGGGAGAGAAACCCUUUUGACUAAUGAUGCUGUAAAUGUUAAUUCUACUGUUGAAAUCAUCAAUUCAAGAAAAACCCAUCAAGAAAAAAUUAGUAUUAGUACUAGUACUUGUGUUGGUGGAGAAGGUUCUUCAAAGGGUAGUAGUAGUAGUAGUGUUAGAGAGUGUAGGAUUUGUCAAGAAGAAGAUGAAGAAACUGAUAUGGAAGCUCCUUGUGCUUGUAAUGGCACUCUCAAAUUUGCUCAUAGGAAAUGUAUUCAGAAAUGGUGCAACAAAAAAGGUGACAUCACCUGUGAAAUCUGUAAUAAGGUGUUUUCACCAAACUACACCCUUCCACCGGCAAGAAGCAACCCUGAUGUAAUGGCAAUUGAUAUCAGGCAAGCAUGGGGACCGGGCAUGGAUAUUAGAAAUCCUCAUUUUCUAGCUUUUGCUGCUGCUGAGCGUCAAUUCCUGCAAUCAGAGUAUGAUGAUUAUGCCAUUGCUAGCAGUGGGAGUCUAGCAUGUUUCCGCUAUGUUGCAAUCAUUUUGAUGCUACUCUUGCUGAUACGUCAAACCUUGAUGGUCACGAGGGACUUUGCAAUGGUGCAGGACCCAUCAACCUUCUUCAAUUUUCAGAUUUCACUUCUUCAGCUGGCGGCUUUCCUCCUCCCUUGUUAUGUAAUGGCUCGGACAUGGUACAUGAUACAAUGCCGGAGAAGGAGGCAGGGUUAAUAUGGACGAUGUUUGGUUAGCAUGAAUCUUUUGCAGCCUUUGUCGUCUCUUAUGAGGCGAAUGCUGCUGUACAUCAAUCUUCUCUUUCGAAAGAUUAUCUGUAUCUAUCUCCCGAGGUGCAAACGUUUAGUUAGUCCUCUCUUCGAGCUCUACAUAUAAGUUCUUCCUUAGUCUCUCUCCUUAGCUAGCGAACUCGGAAGCAAAUGUAAAUGUGAGGAUUUGAGUUCACAGGCAUGUUUUUUUUCUUCUGUAAUCUCAGUUUUAUUGGAUGUCAUAAAAACAAUUGACAAUCCAAAUGAAAUUUCUAAUGGAACAAGGAGUUUUCUGCAUUUUGUUGAGGGUAGCAUGCUUCACUCAAAUAUGUAUAUUUUAUAUAUCAUAAGUUUAUUA